AUUUGACGACGACAACCAGGUGAUGCUGGGUAGUCCAGCCGGGCCUGGGGGAGCCUCCCAGAGGGGACUCUGGCCCUUAGCUCCCGCUCCAGCGCCCCCCAUCUCCAGCUUUACGACCGACGGGUUCGGUCGAUAUGGAGUUUACUCUUUGUUUCCUGGUGGUCCGAAUCUAGGCGGUGCCAUAUACUCGCAUGCAAGCACAAUCGGGCGUUUUUCUUCCGGUGUUCCACCAACGGGGGCGCCAUUUCAUGCGACACAUAAGGAAUCUCUCUUCUCCUCGACCGGCUACACUUUUGGUGCCCCGACGCCACCGCCCGGUUCGCCGUACUCCCCCGUGACCGCCACGCAAUUGGAGCUAUUCACGAAGGGCUUUAAUUCGUCGAACAUCAUAUUCCAUCAGCCCGAUGUGCCCUUGUCGCCCAAGAAACUCGACAGGAAGUGCGAGGAAAAGUGCUACAAGGUGAAAUCGGAAAAGCCGUGCAUCUGCCAGCAUUCGCCGACGUCCAAACCGAAAUACGCGGAAAGCUCCUCCGGUUGUAGCAGAACGAAUCCGAUCGACUGGAGUCUUGUUAGCGUGAAAAAGGAGCCCGGAUCGAAUCCAUGCCAGGUCGCCGAGAUUACCACGAGCAUUUCGCCGGUGGUCAAGAUCGAAGUGACAUCGCCGACGCAUAAGAAUACGGACAUUUCGGUUGCCGCGAUGCCUUCGGUAGUUACGACGAAUGGGAAUAUUCCCGUUGGAAUUGCCGUUGCACGGCAAAGGGUCCAACAUCACGACAUCGUGUCGUCGCCCUCAUUGCCACCCGCUGGACUUCUUACAACCGUCAACUCGACGACGAGGAUGUCCAGGUUGUCGGAGCUGGAUUCGACGCCUGGCAUGGCUGCGGGCACGACAGGAGGCGUUUCAGGAGGCGGAGCUGUUUUACAGUGUACGGAAGAUCGAACUUCAGGAUUAGCAGCAUGGUCUCUCAGUGGAUCGCACAAUUCCACCAUAGCUACUCCUACAUUGUGGCAGUAUCCUGAAUCUCUCUUCUCCUCGACCGGCUACACUUUUGGUGCCCCGACGCCACCGCCCGGUUCGCCGUACUCCCCCGUGACCGCCACGCAAUUGGAGCUAUUCACGAAGGGCUUUAAUUCGUCGAACAUCAUAUUCCAUCAGCCCGAUGUGCCCUUGUCGCCCAAGAAACUCGACAGGAAGUGCGAGGAAAAGUGCUACAAGGUGAAAUCGGAAAAGCCGUGCAUCUGCCAGCAUUCGCCGACGUCCAAACCGAAAUACGCGGAAAGCUCCUCCGGUUGUAGCAGAACGAAUCCGAUCGACUGGAGUCUUGUUAGCGUGAAAAAGGAGCCCGGAUCGAAUCCAUGCCAGGUCGCCGAGAUUACCACGAGCAUUUCGCCGGUGGUCAAGAUCGAAGUGACAUCGCCGACGCAUAAGAAUACGGACAUUUCGGUUGCCGCGAUGCCUUCGGUAGUUACGACGAAUGGGAAUAUUCCCGUUGGAAUUGCCGUUGCACGGCAAAGGGUCCAACAUCACGACAUCGUGUCGUCGCCCUCAUUGCCACCCGCUGGACUUCUUACAACCGUCAACUCGACGACGAGGAUGUCCAGGUUGUCGGAGCUGGAUUCGACGCCUGGCAUGGCUGCGGGCACGACAGGAGGCGUUUCAGGAGGCGGAGCUGUUUUACAGUGUACGGAAGAUCGAACUUCAGGAUUAGCAGCAUGGUCUCUCAGUGGAUCGCACAAUUCCACCAUAGCUACUCCUACAUUGUGGCAGUAUCCUGCUGCCCUGCCCGUGGAGCCUAUGGUGCCAUUACCAGUACCUGUACCGCCAGUUGGAGUUCAAUUAGUACGAGAUCCGACGUCCGGUCACCUAUUGCUUCUUCCAACAACGGGAAUAGAACAAGUUCAACAAGCAGUAUUGUGGCCCAGUUACCAUCAACCAUCAUCAGUACUAUUGCCUCCAAUACCACCCCCACCUCUCCAAUUACUCAGUUCAGCGUCUUCCGAUUACCUGUCAACAAGUACAACACUUCACCAGCACACCCAGACUCACAGCACCCGCCUUUUAGCCGUGACCACGACGGACGCCAAGAGAAAAAUCCCUUUACCAAUCCCGGCGACGACGCUUAUUAAAAUAGAGACUGACGCGACCACGCUGGACCAAACCAAAACGCUCCAAGCGGUCAGUACCAUAGCGAGCAACACGGGGACGGUUUUCACUGAUCAAAACAUGGCACCGCUGGUAACGACACACGUGAUAUACCAGCACCCCACAAACCUCAUACUAUCCCAAGCACCGACCACCGAAGCGUCGUGCAGAUCGCAGGCGACGUCGCCCGUGGUUUGUCUAACCCCGCCACCCGAAACGGCAGCUGUGAUCGAAGAGGAACCGCCUUGCGUGCAAGAUGCCAGUAACCAAACUGACAUUCCCAUUUGCAUCGAAGAAGAUACCGUGCCGCAAAGUGCCGAGAUUGCAUCCGAAGCAAAUCACAAAGAAGACAAGGAAGAAGAGAAACUCCAAGUACCUGAACAAAUUCCAGAGCGAUGCAAGCCAGUCGAGACCGUCGACGAACCCCCUUGCCAUAACCAAGAGGAAGAGCACAAAGUUCCUCCUCAGCCCGAUCUAAGCGGAUUAGAGCUGCUUUCGAAUAGCAUAGUUGAGUUCGAGAAUUGCCUAAAAAACAGCGAACCGAAAAUCGACGAAACUAACGUUACCGUAAAAUCCGAGCAUAACGACGCCAUUCUCCAACGGAUAAAGGAGAUGUCAAUCAAAGAUAAAGAAACGGAAUCUGUGAUCUUAGACGAUAAAUUGGGCGGACUAGAUUUACUCUGUGCCCUGGCCGAGCAGAGAAUAAUGGAGGAGGUUGAGGUGAAGAAAAUCGCGCCAGUUUACAGUCGACCCAAAGAGAAAACGAGAGAUCUGACACGCGAAGAACGCAAGAAGGAGAAGCGAAAAGCCAAAAGGUCGCACGAUGAACAUCGCCGUAAAAAACUGAAAAAGGACAGUGAUUGUGCUAGUGAAAGUGAAGUUUUUAGUAAGGACAACGAUCAUAGAACUUACAAAUCGCGGCAGUCAGAAGAAGAGGUGCGAAAGUUCAUCGCCAGUAAAUCGCAAUCGACGUACCCCAAAGGAGAUUGGCCUGAGAUGAACGCGUUGGAAUUAGACAUGAGGAUGAAGCUCGCCGAUUUACAGCGGCAGUAUCGGGAAAAGCAGCGCGAGUUGAGCAAGCUCAAAACGAAACGGAGGUCUCUCGACGAAAAGGACGCCCGCAAACGCAAGUCGAGAAAAAAGUCGACUUACUCAGACAGGAGCGCGACUCCUCCCCCGCUUCUGGACAAAAUGGACGUGCCCCCAGUAAAACCAAACAGAAAUCUCGACCUAUUAAAACCGCCAACGUUGUGCGCGGUGAGUAACCAGGUCGACUUGCCAGGAUAUCGAAGCCAUUCCUCGUGCGAUAGCUCGCCGGAGAAGACCUCAUCGUCUAAAAAGCGCAAAGUGGGAAGGCCGAAGAAGCUGAUGACGUCGUGCGAUUUGCGCACCGCAACGGAAACGAUCGUGGCGAAGAAACCAAAGGCGGGCAGCUUCGUCGGGUAUCUUCUGGCAGCGAAACAGAAACUGCAGAUGCAGACCAAAGACUUGGUUUACUCCAACAGCCCGCCUAGGUACGUGGAGGAGUCGACGAAGAAGGCUAAGACACACAAGGUGAAGAACCAUCUGAUGGUCUCGCCGCAAGUCCACUCGGAAAAACCGAGCAAAAUUAGGCCGAAGCUUAAAGCGGAGCUUACCGUGAAAUCUUACGUUGAGGAGGAAGAGGCCAAUAACGAAUGGGAGCAACCGCACGAAGAUAUCCCAAAAGAGGAGAUGGAAGUGAAGCAGAUUGAUCAGGAGGAGGAAGUACCUGAAGAGGUUGUACCAAUUGUGGCAGAGGAGCCGGAGGUCGAAGCAGCGCCUCUUCCCGUUGAAGAAAAGGUGAAGAUCGCCGAUAACCGUUGCGUUCUCACCGCGGAGCACUUGGAUAAAGAUAAAACGCGAGUGCUGACUGCAAUGGGCGGCUUGUUUUACGCCGGCCAGCUGAAUUCGGUCGAGCCGCCCGACGUGUAUUCGAUUACGUUGGAUGGGGAGCGAGGAAAUCGGCCUCAUAUUAUGUCAAGGGAGGAGAUCUUAAGGGAUGCUAUCAUUGAGGUAUCCCCGGCAAACGUGGAGGAAUUAGCGGCCGGUACAAGGUUGUGCGCCUACUGGAGUCAACAGUAUCGUUGUUUAUAUCCAGGAAGUGUGGCUGAGCCUGGAACGCCCGAUCCGGAAUUGGACUCGAAAUUCGUUGCCGUGGAGUUUGACGAUGGUGACAGUGGGCGGAUUGCAAUUGACGACAUACGACUACUCCCUCCAAACUACCCCAUUAUAGAAUACGACCCCAACCCUCUUCUGAGUUUAAGCAAGCGCAGGCGGAGAAUUUCGGCCACCAGCGGUUCGGUGGGCGAACGCCGACUUAGCCAGUGCCUGUCGUCGAUCUCCUCGCCGCCCCCAGUGAUAAACGAACCGAUCAAGGCGAAAACCUCAGAUACGGAAAAGGAGAACAAGGACGCGAACAAGCCGGAAACUUCCGCCGAGGAGCAGCGCGAGCGCAAGCGUCUCAAGAAGAAAAAACGCGACAAACUCAAACAAAAGUUGGCACACGACGACCGAAAGAAGAAGAAGAAACAUAAGUGCACCGAGGAGAACUGUAAACACAAGAAACACCACAAAAAGCACAGAAGGCACAAGAAACACCACCACAAAGAGGAAUCAGAGACACCAACCGAACCGCCCGCGGAAAUCGAAGUCGAAAAGAGCCCGAUCGAAGUUUCAAUCGAGAAGGAAGACGAGCCAGAAGAUGAAUUUAACGAGGAUCCUGAAUACCAACCCAUUGUUAAUCCCGAGGACGAAGUCACUCUCGAUGAUAUUCUCGAAGCCAAAUCAAAAAAAUCAAAGAAGAUCAGGGAUCGGCAAGAAUCGUGCGAGAGCCGUAGUAAAAUGACGGCGUUUUUACCCGCCCGACAGCUUUGGAGUUGGUCCGGGAAAGGGUACAGGCGGCCGAAAGCGAAAGGAAGAUCUAGAAAACAGUUCUUCAAAACGAUACAAAGAGGAAAAGAGGCGAUAGUGGUUGGCGAUUCUGCAGUGUUUUUGUCGACCGGUCGUCCAGAUAGGCCAUACAUUGGUAGAAUUGAAGCGAUGUGGGAGAUUUGCGGUACUAUGGUUGUGAAAGUGAAAUGGUUCUAUCAUCCUGAGGAGACUGUUGGUUGCCCGUUAAAUUUAAAAUAUCCUGGCGCGCUAUUCGAAUCCCCCCACAUCGACGAAAACGACGUCCAAACGAUAUCCCACAAGUGCGAAGUGCUCCCGUUGAAAGACUACAGGGAGAAACUGGAGGACGAUCCCAAACGUUACGCAACAAUUUACGACAACAAUGACGUUUACUAUCUCGCCGGCUACUACGACCCGAGCGCGCAGUCCCUCAAAAUACAGCCCGAUAUACCUUUCAAUGCGGACUAAAAUUAAGCAAUAAAAGAAACGAAAGAAGAAGACUAUUGCUAACUGCAAUAAGUGAUGGUUGGUGCUAUUUUAUCCAGAUUUUUAAAUCUAUUUUGGACGAUAAGUAUUAUUUAUAUUAUUAGUUUUGAUGUUGAAACGGAACGGUUGAAGGUUUAAGUUUAUUAUUUUUUAUAAGUUGUUUUUGAUUUUCUAUGUACAUAGUCCAGAUUUUUCUGGUUAUCAAUAGUAAUAUAUACAUGUUUUGUUGUCAGCUGAAAAGAAAAGGCGAUCAAUAGCAGAGUGAUUUAGGUCCAUAAGUUAAUAUUAGGUGUCCAUUUUAAUAAUGUAUUUGUCAAUCAAUAAUAAACUUGUAACUUUUGGACUGAAAUGGGUGCCUAUCAUUUAAGUAUAAGUGUAUAAUGACCUAAAUUGUCCUCUAUUGCAUCUCGUAAAGUUACGGCAUAAGUUUCCGUGCCUAAUCCUCUCUCUACUACUAAAUAGUACAGUUAACUGAGGCUUUUGCCAUUCAAAAAAAAAAUGUGCAAUCGAUAGUAGUAAUAUUUCACUUAAUUCGGCCUUUGUAUUUCUUAAGUAUUCCUUAGGUAUGCUUGUUAGACAGCUUUCUGAAAAUACUUACAGCAGGUUAAGUUGUGGUGUCGUUAUUGAUUUUUCUCUAUUCCUCUCAGGCAGAUCUGUUAUUUUUAGCUGUUAAAAAUACGCUUAUAAAUUUAGAGUAGGUGCUCACAGUAUACAAAGUAAACCUAUUUUUAAUAAUACUAAGUGUUUUUCAAUCUAAUUGUUGUAUUAUAGUUACGAAGUGUUGUAUUUCGGUUCUUUACAUCCUGCAAAGUAUACGCAAUAGAAUUUAAGUUUUUUUUAUGCUUGAAACAUCUUCCCUUAGUAUACAACCUUUUGUAAGUGUGUAGAUCUUAUAGAUAUUACCUCACUAAAAAUAUUUUAUUAUAUUACUAUGUGUGUACAGACAGUGUAAAGACAGAAAAAAUACAUAUUUUUGCAACUAAGAAUAAGACAAUAUGGUGCUAGCGAGUAAGAAAAGGCGGUGACAUCGUGCUUUGUAAACCAAUGCAGGGUCUGAAGUGACGUUCAUUAUUACAGAAAAAAGUUUGUAAAUACACUUUUGCUUGUACAUAUCGCCUGUACUCUAUUCAAAUACAUAUUUAAAAAAACAA